ACUGAUUGGUGCAUGCUGUUUUGCACUGUUUUGCGGGCACUCGCGGACGUGCGCGGACGUUUAUCAGUCUCUAUAACGUGGUGUAAUCGUUGCUACGAGUCGAAAUAAUGAUUCCAUAUAGUUUGCAUUCGCGUAAUCGUUCCUGUUCAGCAUCAGUCAUUUUGUUCGCAAUCCAGCGACGUGCGUGACGUGUAUCAGCGACUCUACUGAUGCGAGGACGAGUGUCCUCGCGGAUCAUCUACUGCGUACGACAAUGUCAGGUAGCAGCGAUUCCGAGGAAUUCUUCGACGCGGAGGACGAUUCAUUUCAUCGUGCGUCACGAAGAGUUAAACAACGCGAGUGUACCAGUGUCGAAGCUGAUAAAGCAUUAGAAAUUUGCAAGCAAGACGAUGACAAUGUCUUUGCAAAGCCUGCUAUACCUAAACCAACUAUUGAUACAAAGGGUUGUAUACCUGCAGAUAGUGAGCAAAAUAAAGAUAAACUUAUCGAAGAUGGUGCAGAAUCAACUACAGAUAAAAUUGUUGGAAGGAAACGGUUUCGCGAACUUCGACAACGUAUGCAAACAGAAGACGACGAUAUUCCGAUUACUAAUUCACCUCCAGAUAGUCAGACAUCUUCCAUCGAGGGUGUUUACCCCACCCCUUCAAAAACGACCCAUCCAUUUAGAAUCAUAGAACACGAUACUCUCAGUUUACAAAGUAUGACUUCUUUAGGACGAGUCGGUCGAAUUCUGGCAGGAGUCGCAGAUAAUACUUCUGGUGUACUUAUACCUAGUAUAUCCCAGUGCCCUCCUUCUGCCGCCCUUACCCGUGAAGGUCAAAUGUCCUCCAUUGCUAGUAUUCCAAGCAAAGACGAGGACGCAACCUCUGGUAAGGUAUCCCAAUCUUCCAGUGUCCUCACAUUAUCAGGGGAUAUCCUACAGGAAUCCUCUAUUAAUGGCCGGUCCAAUUAUGCUUCUCACUCGCAAAGUGACAAGACUGUUAUGCUUCAAGAACCUGAUGUCAUCGCGAGUACAAAGAAUAACGGGAAACUGGCAGAAGAUGUAGCAAUUUCUGGUGUACCUGUUGCUCCUCCACGUCGUAAAAAGAAAACAAAGGCUCAUACACCUACUGAUCUUGCUCCUUCUGCGGAAACGCUUGUACCCGCAUCGCCGCUUCCAAGUCCAGCUAGUACUAUAGAAUCGAUUACUAGAGAAUUCGAGCACAGUCUUGAUAUUCGAUCCGCGACGAAAGGGCAAUAUGUUGUUAAGCCGCAGGACGAGGAUAAAUUGAAAGCAGAAGGACCAUCUUCUGAGGAAUUGGAAAGGGUGGCAAGAAUGAAAGCAGAACUGCUUAGUCGAACGAGUAAUAAGUCCAAUAGUCCAUUAGGAUCAGUAUCGAGCAACAGUAUUGGUCGUUAUUCUUUGGGCCCGCACAGGCUAUCAAGUAUGAGUCCACAAAUUUCCAGAGAAAGACGUAAAUCGGCUGGUGACCAAGAUAUGGUCAAGCAAUUGAAUAUGUUUGUGAGAACUAGGACAGAUUCUGGCAAGCGUCUUACUGAUAUGGAAAUUUUGGAACAAGUGCCUGUAACAAAUUUAGAUACAGGGGAACAGGUGCCAUUAAGUAUAGCAGAAGAUAAAUUACCGCAGUGUAUUAAUCCUUUGUCAUUACACAUUAUGAGACUCACUAAGUCUAAAUAUAUAAGUAAUUCUAGUCUUGAGAAAGAAAAAGAGAGCGAUGAAGAAAGCGUAGAUAGUAAAAUGUCUAGUAUACCUCCAGACGAAGAUGUGUCCGUAGAUAGAGUUCGUAAGCGGACGCAAAAGUUGAAACGAUUUUUAGGUUCCACUGUAAAAAAGACUAUGAAUAAAGCCAAAUCCAUCGCGCAAGAAGUAUCGCAUGCGAGACACAAAGAAGACGUUAUGGACAUAGUGGACGAAGUUUAUCCUGGUGAACAACAAUACAUAAAGUUAAAGGCGUCAAAUAGCCACAAAGGUCCAUACGAAUUCAGUUGUCUGCAGCAUGUUCAAGAUCUUAGCGGAGAACAUGUAGGGCCUGUCUGGUGUAUGAAAUUUUCCGCUUGCGGUCGAUUGUUGGCCACUGCGGGACAAGAUCGGGUUUUGAGAAUUUGGGUUUUACGAGAUGCUUUCACAUAUUUUCAGGAUAUGCGAACAAAAUAUAAUGCGGAAAAGGUCAGCCCUACUCCUUCGCAGGAAUCGUUAGUUUCGCAGCAAUCUAUGGAAGAUCCUAACAUUGUGGCUAGUGCUUUAGGCGAGGUUGAAGGAACAAAAAGUCCGUUCAUGCCAAAGCCGUUUUGUACAUACACUGGUCAUACCUCGGAUCUGCUUGAUGUUUCAUGGUCUAAGAAUUAUUUUGUUUUAUCUUCAUCGAUGGAUAAAACUGUGCGGCUUUGGCAUAUAUCUCGCAAGGAAUGUUUAUGCUGUUUUCAGCAUAUCGAUUUUGUCACCGCUAUAGUAUUCCAUCCACGGGACGAUCGGUACUUUCUCUCAGGAUCACUAGAUGGCAAAUUGCGCUUAUGGAAUAUUCCAGAUAAAAAAGUCGCCGUAUGGAACGAAGUAGACGGGCACACAAAAUUAAUUACCGCGGCGAACUUUUGUCAAAAUGGAAAAUUUGCUGUUGUAGGAUCGUAUGAUGGUAGAUGCAUAUUUUACAAUACGGAUCAAUUGAAAUACCAUACACAAAUACACGUACGAUCGACAAGAGGUAAAAAUUCUACCGGUCGCAAAAUUAGUGGAAUCGAACCUAUGCCGGGAGAAGACAAAAUCUUAGUUACAUCGAACGAUAGUCGUAUUCGUUUAUACGAUUUGAGAGAUUUAAACUUAUCUUGCAAAUACAAAGGAUAUGUCAACAUUAGUAGUCAGAUUAAAGCAAGUUUUAGUCCAGACGGGCAAUACAUAGUUAGCGGUUCUGAAAAUCAAUGCAUUUAUAUUUGGAAAACUCAUCACGAUUAUUCCAAGUUUUCCAGCGUUCGCAGAGAUCGAAAUGAUUUCUGGGAAGGCAUAAAAGCUCACAAUGCUGUAGUAACGUGUGCUGUAUUUGCGCCGAAUCCAGAUAGUAUUAUUAAGCAAAUUGAGGCGAGAGAACAAUGGGAGAGCAAAGAAGAGGCGAAAAGCGUAGAUAGCUCUAACAUAGGUGUUGUUCCCGUUGAUCCUGUCGUUGAGCAACGCACUAAAGGCUGUGGAGGGCAUGUUCUUGUGAGUGCCGAUUUCAAUGGAUGUAUCAAAGUUUUUUUAAAUAAGACGAAACCUAAGCAUAGUUCCCUACCGGCAUCUGCGCUUGCGUAAUGUAACAUUACGUGAAUUUACGAUAAACAGAAUUAAUUAAACAGAAAAGUAACACGUAUGUGCUUAUGUCCGCGCGUGUAAAUAUUCUUUGCCUCUUGUAUGCAAAUUUCAUCAUGCACUCAUUUGAAUUAAGGAACGCAAAAUUGUAUAAAAUAUUUUUUUUUAAUGGCAUUCUUAUAUUAAAUACAAGUAUUAUUUUAGUAUUGUGUGUAUGUGUGUGUGUGUGUGCAUGAAAGUAAUAAUUUUAAAUAAUUUAUAUAUAUAUAUAUUAGUGACAAAAAUAUUUCCAUGAAUUGUGCUAAAAGUUUAAGUUUAGUAACAAUUAAUACGUGUCAUUUCGAAACAUAUAAUAUAUGCCAUAAAUAUUGUAUAAUUUUAACUCCAAGUUAUAUCAUGUCAGAUGAAGCAAAUUAUUUAAUCCUUUUGUAAAAAAGUAUAUUUGUAGUUUAAAAUUUCUUUAUCAAAAUCUUUUUGUAUCUUGUGCUUGUAUUACAAUUUGACAGUGCUGGUCCCACUGUUACCAUAAAGUUAACAUUUCAUAAGAGAUUUAUCAAAAUUAUGUCAUAGAAUGAUAAUGUAAUUAUCAGUGAGAAAUUUGACAAAUAUGAAGAAUUGUUCUCAUAUAUAAUCGUUUCCAUAUAUAUAUAUGUAUAAUAAAGACAUAGUAAAAACAAGGGCACCUUGGUGAAAACAAAGUAUAAAAAAAUUAUGCAGACAAUGACGAUAUAUUCAAAUAUCUCAUUUUAUUGAGUAUAUAUCGGACUUAUAGAUUUUUAUAAAUUAUUCGAUUAUUUACCAAUAGUAAAAUGCUAAAUAAUAGGAAUUGCUAAUUUUUGCAUAUAUUGAAUCAGAUUUUACAAAAUACCACUGAUUUCUAAGUCGCGUUUUUCUAGAACAUAAUAGUUAUAAGCUAAUAUAACACAUCGAAGACAAUAUCAAAGGUGUUUUGAAGCUAAAAUACAUCAUGGUUACGUUUUUCUACGAAUGUCCUACAUAUUAUAGAAAAUAUAACGUCGUAUUUUUAUUGUACAGUUUUAGAGUAAUGUAUAUAUUACAGGAUGUGUUAUAAUUUAAUUGUUGUGCUAUGUAUAUAUGCAUCAAGUUUCAUAAUGUACGUACAUAUCUAGUUCAUUUUGUAUAUUAAUAUACAGAAUGGGUUGUGUGGAAAACAGAAUACAACUAAAAAGGAAGUAAUUCCUUGUGCAAAAAUAUGUUGGAAAUGUAGAAUAUACAAAUAUUUUUUUUCUACAAGGUUUUAUUUUCAAAAAAAGUGACUUUAAAAUUUGGAAAACUGAUAACAUGUUAAUUACUUUUUAAACUACAAGCUCGAAUGUGAUCUUAUGUUAUA